AUGUUGACAGGGCCAUUCACAGGCUCUCUGGCCGCUACCCAUGGGCUAUUCAGCGGGCUUUCAAAGAAUACGGUGGGUGAUAUUCGUCUUUCAAAGACCCGAUCCGGAAUUCUGAUUGCAGUAGGCGACGUGGUUCGGAUUGCACCCAACGAGCUGGCCUUCAUUACCCCCAAGGCCUACGCAGAUAUAUACACCAGUACCAUCAAUGGACGCCCUGGUUUCGUCAAGUCGGACAUGCUCGAUACCGGGGACAAGUAUGAAGGACUAGCGUCAGAGAGGGAUAUUGACAAGCACCGCGCCGCACGCAAGCAAUUAGCCCCUGCAUUUAGUCCCCGGUCGCUAAAGCAGUAUGAGCCGACCAUCCACGCCGACGUCGAUGGUUUCGUCGAUGGACUGAUCAGCUCACCCGCCAUUGACGAAGGCGUCGACAUUGCCCCGUGGUUUGAACGGGCAACCUGCGAUCUCGGCGGGUCGAUUACCCUAGGAAAUAACUUUAGGAACAUCGAAUCCGUGGCAUUUAGCUACUUCCGUGCUCACGCGGUAAGUAAGAGACUCAUUCGGACGCGCGUCGAGGAGAGCCACGAUCGGAAAGGCCUGGAUUACAUGACGCAGUUUCUGAAGAAUGAGGAGGCUAUCCCGCCGGAUGGCUUUCUCGUAUCCCAGGCUGGCCAUCUGAUUCUCGACCACUACGAGUCGUCCAGUGUCUUGACUGCGGGGAUGUGUUUCCUGACGACGAAUGACGAGGUCAUGCGGAAGUUGCAGAGUGAAUUGAGGACGACGUUCAAGUCCUACGAGGAUAUUGCGGAGGAUAAGCUUAGGGAUCUGCCGUGGCUGAAUGCUACUAUCGAGGAGGUCCUGAGGCUGCACACUAAUGUUCCGUAUGGACUUCCCAGGAUUAGUCCUGGGUAUACUGUUGACGGAAACUAUGUGGCCAAAGGUGUCGUCGUUUCAUCCUGCGCAUAUGCCACCACCCAUUCGGAAAAGUACUUUAGCAAACCAUACGAGUUCAAACCCCAGAGAUGGCUUCCUAGAGGCUCGGUCGACUACGACCGCGUCUUUGACGGCGAUGACCGAGCUGCCUUCCGGCCUUUCAGUGUCGGAUCGCGCAACUGCCUCGGCCAGGCCAUGGCGUACGUGGUUCUCCGCGUCAUGUUUGCCAAGCUCUGCUGGAAGUUCCAAUGGGAGUUGGUCAACCGGGAUGAGAUGGACUGGGAUAGGGAUCUGCGGCUUUAUAUCGUGUGGAAGAAGCCGACGGUGCACGUCCGACUUACACCCUUCGAGAACAAGGGUUGA